AUGUCUGGAUUGGCACCUGUGAACCACUAUGGGACGCAGAACAGUACGCGGGCAUUCCCUGCUGAAUUGUACAACGAAGUCCCACUAUUUGAUCCUGCAACGAGUACGUCGCGAGAGAGGGAGAUGGUGGACACGCUAUCCGAGAUCUACUCGGUGAUCAUUGCGCUGGACCACGUCGAGAAGGCGUACCUGAGGGACUGUGUGAGCAGUGCACAGUACACGAGCACCGUGAACAAGUUGUUGGCACAAUACAAAGUGUACCUGUCCGAUGCAGAGGUCCGAGCACGGUUUGUCGACCUGCGCACCUUCGCGGACAAGUACCAUGUAGUCGCGUCGAGUGCGAUUAUGCGGUUGGAGAAGGGGAUCCCCGUGACCAUGGAGCACCCAGUGGACGAUAACGCCCAGCUCGAGGGCGGUGGUGCACCUCACCAGGAAGCAGACCCGGCGGCGGCGCUAUUCGCCUCCGGGAAGAGCGGCAAGAGUGUUGCUGAGGCCACGGGGAACUUCAUCACGCUGAUCGACGCGUUGAAACUGAACUACCGAGCGAAGGACCAGUUGCAUCCACUGCUUGCGGAACUCCUGCUGAGCAUUAACAAAGUGACCAAGACGGAUUUCGAGCACCGGUCCAAGCUGGUGCAGUGGAUCGUGAAGAUCAACAAGAUGGACGUGGACGCGACGUUGACGGACGCUGAGAUCCGGGAACUCAUCUACGAGCUGGAGAUGGCGUACAAGAGUUUCUAUACUCUGCUCGAGUGA